AAUGUCACAAGUCACAUGUCACAUAUUGUAAAUAUUGAUUAUUUGAAAAGGAAUAAUUCCCAAAAUUUUCACAAAAAUGGAUUUUGAAAGCAAAGUUAACCAAGUUGAAACCAUCGAAUCAUUGACUAAAGAAGCUGAAAUAUUAAAAAAGAAAUUGGAAGACGAAAGACAGAAAUUAAACGAUGUUACAUUGGCCCAAGUUGCUGAAAGAUUAGAUAUUAUUAAUUAUAUGAAUAUUAAGCCAAGGAGGACAUUAAAAGGACAUCAAGCGAAGGUUUUAUGUUCAGAUUGGUCACCGGAUAAGAGACAUAUAGUUUCAUCUUCACAGGAUGGCAAAAUGAUAAUAUGGGAUGCUUUUACAACUAACAAGGAGCACGCAGUGACAAUGCCAACUACAUGGGUGAUGGCAUGUGCUUAUGCGCCAUCAGGGAAUUUGGUAGCUUGCGGGGGAUUAGACAAUAAAGUUACUGUUUAUCCUCUAAGUCUAGAAGAGGAUGUUACUUUGCGAAAGAAAACUGUUGGUACACACACCAGUUAUAUGAGUUGUUGUAUUUUUCCCAAUUCGGAUCAGCAGAUUCUUACUGGAAGCGGAGACUCAACCUGUGCCCUAUGGGAUGUUGAGUCUGGUCAACUUUUGCAAAGUUUUCAUGGACAUUCUUCAGAUGUAAUGGCAAUAGAUUUAGCUCCAUCAGAAACCGGAAAUACUUUUGUAUCAGGCAGUUGUGAUAAAAUGGUUCUUAUAUGGGAUAUGCGUACUGGAAAUUGUGUACAAUCUUUUGAAGGACACGAAUCUGACGUAAAUAGUGUCAAAUUUCAUCCUAGCGGCGAUGCAGUAGGAACUGGCAGCGAUGAUGCAACGUGUCGCGUUUUUGACUUACGAGCAGAUAAAGAAAUCGCCGUUUACAGUAAAGAAAGCAUAAUAUUUGGUGCCAAUUCUGUGGAUUUUUCAGUGUCAGGUCGUCUGCUCUUUGCUGGCUACAACGACUACACAGUCAAUGUAUGGGAUACAUUAAAAUGUGCACGGGUUUGUUUACUAUAUGGACAUGAAAAUCGAGUAUCUUGCUUGCAAGUCUCUCCUGAUGGUACUGCACUGUCUACGGGUUCUUGGGACUACACUCUAAGGGUUUGGGCUUAAGGACCUAUACAGAUUGCUGUUCCAAAUUAUGUUUUAGGAAAUGGCAAUUUAUGAUUUUACUCAUAAAAUUUCUCAAGUAAAAGCAGACUAUGAAAAAUUAUAUUUCUUAGUUGGUACAGUCUGUAUCAAAUCGAUUUUCGCACAAAUUAUUUUUGUGAGUAGAAUAUAUUUUGUAAAUAUAUAUGUGUUCGAGCUAGUUUUAGGCUUUAAACAAGUGAUAGUCUUCAAAUUGAAUGAAUCAAAUUAUCAGUAUUAAUUAUAUUUUAAAUAUCGUUAGAUGACAAGUUUGAAAUUUCAGAGUUUGUUUUCAGUAUUUAAACAUGGACAUUUUAGAGCAAUUUAAAUACGUUUCUGCAAUUAUUGAAGUUUUAGAAAUUGUAAUUGUUGAUAAAGAUAUUAAAAUUUACCAUUUCACGAUAUUUAUGACACGUUAAUUGAAAAACUUAGAAUAAUCAUACAUAUAAAGACCAUUUCACCUAUUUACGUCAUAACUAACAUAUGAAAUAAGUGAACUGACCGGCGACAGAUGUACAAGUUUCCACAAACAUACAAUAAAAUUAAAAAAUAAAUAUCAAAAUGGAUAUAUUUUUUCUGCAAUUUUUGGAUAUAUGAAAAUAUAUAAUCCCCAAUUCGUCCUACGAAAUUAUGAAAAAAAUACCCCAUCUCCCUAAAUUGAAAACAAACUAAAGAAAAGUUGAAAAAGCUGAGAAUUAAAGAAAAGAAAAAUGAAUGCAUCAACCAGGGAUCGAACUUCGGCUAGGACAGUCGAACUCGUAGAUUUAGAGUCAAUCAGAUUCCGACUCUCGUCGGCACACACACACACACACAUCCUCAUCCCAUCCCAGCUCUCUCAGUUCAUCCCCUGUGUCAUCGUGUAGAAAGACGAUAAUCUAUGAUUAUACUAGAACAAAUUUCUAAGAUCCAUCAUUUGUUCACCGGUGUUAAGUUUUCGAGUAUGAUCCGAUGUAAACGUGAAAUGACAAUGAAAAAUUAGUGAAAAAAUCGGUUGAGAUUUUUCUGUUAUAAUAUUCUAAGAUAUGAUAAUAUAGAUUUAAAGGAAAAUCGGUUAUUUUGAAACUCCACACAGGCUAUUCGUUGGCUUAUUGCUUAUUUAGUUGAAGCCUACCAAUUGUAUGUUACACUUUGGAUUAAAUGGUUGGGUGUUUAUGACGAUUGGAGGUACGCAAUUUGUAUAACAAUUAACUUUCAGAAAGACAUUAAGACAAAUUUUUUAAUAAAUUUAAAAAUCAGUUAUUCUCUUCAAUAAAAGAGUCUUCAUCGUCCAAAUCAAUAAUAAUCCAAGUUUCAUCUUGAUUGUUAUCCAUAGAAUCAUGAAAGUCUGUACUCUUGGGUUUUUUGGAAAACUAAUCCCGCAUUUUUCACUCCCAUUGUUAGUUUUAGCACGUACAGUUUCGAAUCAUUUACCCAUAUUUUCGUAACCUUUUAGGUUAUUUAUUUUAUUUUAUAUUGCCCUUUCAAAAAUAUCCACGUUUCAUCAAAAAAAAAAAAAAAAAAUGUUUUUUGUAAAAGAGUCUUCUAUUAUUUUCAUUUUUAUAUAAAAAUCCACACUCUUUCAUAGGGACAGUGUUAAUAUUUCUUAAACGCUAACAGAUAGAAGGUUGGUUAAAUUAGAGAAAAAUUACGCAGUUUUGUGCUUAUUAAAAUGGUGCCAAGAAACCUUUGAUAUCUAGAGGGAGAUUUAAAAUAUCGGACAAAAAAUGAAAAUUUAAAUUUCUUUAACACUCGAACACAUUAUUUUACAUAACUGACUCAAAGCGUCAUAGGACAUUAGUGCAAUAUGGAUUUAUUUUAGGACAUGGGUUCUUGUACUCAAAUCUUUUUUAUGAUUGCACCUCUCGACGUUUGAUCCCAUAAUUCUGAUUCACCUCGGUAAAUCGUUCAUUAUAUGAUUAGAUUGACUUAGGCCCAUAAUAUAUUCCCUGAUGAAAAUCGGUGAAAAGGAC